AUGGCUCAACAAACUUUCCCCACUCCCAACGGCUUUGCCAUGCAGUCCUCGGGCCUCGCUUCUAGGCGCGGCGGGCAGUCCAUCAAGCCCCUCUCGGUCGAUGCUCUCAAGUCCCCUGUUGACUCGAAGGAAAAUGCCAUCCCCACGCCCCGAACGGCUCGCGGCCAUCUGCUUGCUGGUCUGCGAACCGCUCCCAAGUCUGCCGCGGCGUCCACUUUCGCUGCCUCUGGCGCCAACACAUCCCCGACGAACAAAGCUAGGAACAACACUUCCCUGUAUGGCGUCCAGGAGAAUAUGCUGAACAACGGGCCGAAGACAUCCCUGCCACAUUUCGGUAACCAGCAAGGCUUUAACAACAACUACGGGCGACAGCAGUUCACUCCUGAACAGAUCCUGGCUCCUCCGGAGAUUCCCAUCCACGAGCAAGCCGUGGAUGAGCAACUGGAUCCUGACCUGUAUGCCAAGCUGGUCCAGCAGAACUUGCAGCUGGCUCAGCAGCGCCAGAUGUUGCAACAGCAGCUGUACGACCUGACCCAGGCCCAGCAGCAGCUCAGCGCCAUGAACCUCAACGGACAGCAGAGUUACCAGAAUCUGUACCAGCAGCAACAACUGCAGCAGCAAGCCCUUCAGAUGCAGAGCAUGCUCAACAACACCAUGGUUAGCCAGCAGCCGACAAUCUACACCUACAUCGACCCGGCUACCGGCCAGCAGGCUUACUACGUUGACCAGUCUGCGCAGCUGAACGCUCAGUUCGUGGACCCGUCUCAGUUGAACCUCUACCAACAACAGCAACGUCAGCAGAACAGCGCGACCCCACGUGUGCAGGUCUCACCUCCAAGGGAGGCCGCGCAGCCGGUUUUCCGCAGGAACACCCCUCCCCGGCGCAACGAGUCUCCUCUCAUCGAGAACCCGGCUCCUCUCCCCCCACCAUCAGCCAAUGCUUUCCGACGGGGUCAUAAGAAGUCGAACCUCCCAAGUCCGCUGGUCCUAAGACUGCCAACUUCCCCCCUCACGCCCCUGACCGGAGGCUAUGGGCCUGGUCAGGCACGAGCUGGUGAACACCCGAUUCGCCAGCCACGCGGUCCUCCUUCGAUCGAGGAGCUCAAGGCCAAGCCUUCGGCCAAGCAUGAGGCUUCCAAGAACUUCGCAGCGCGCACCCGAUCAGCUCUUAACAACCUUAUGCGGGCUGGUCUUGAGCGUCGCAAGGUUAGCAGCACUGGCAGCAGCGGAUCCAUCAGUCCCAUCUCGGAGACGGCCGAGGAGGCUCAGGGCCUCCUGACGGACAACGAGUCGGAGUCUGGUCGGUCCGGAUCUGGCAGCCUGAACGGCGAGGAGGUGGAGCCUAGCGUGCCCAGCUCCCGGACCAGUACUGGCAGCUGGGGCGCGAUAGGAUCAGACCGGCCCAGCUCACGCCAGAAGGCUCGAAAGAGCGCUGACAGCAUCAGCAGCGGAUCUGGCGACGAGACUGCUAGCAAUGGUAGCUUUGCCAGUGUUUUCAAGCGGACGGGAAGGAACGGGAGAUCCGACAGCCCCAGCCAGAGGAAGUCGGCCAUGAUGGUCUUGACAUGCGCAGAGAAGCGCAAGAACGGUGUCAUACUCUCAUGA